UGGAUUCCAAUGAUGACUCGUUUUUCUAGCUUGGAAUCAACUUUUUGGAAUAAAAGCUAUGAAUAUUAUGAAAAUGGUUUUGGUCUUGUGAACCAACAAUGGAUUGGUUUAAAAAAGCUCAAUCAGAUAACAACCUCAUUUUUCACAGAUAUGAGUGUUGAUUAUUCUUUUAAAGAAGAUAUAUCAUUUAGUACAAUAUAUUAUAAUAUCACAAUUGGUUCAAGUGAUGAAAAUUAUGUAUUUCGGUACGAAAAGUAUAAUCCAAAAGGAACUGGGGAACCAGAUCAGUUUAAUGCGAAUGGCAUGGCAUUUAAUAGUUGCAGCAAUUGGUGGACAGAUAAUAUCCAAACGAAUGGUAAUUGUGAUAAAGAUAAAUUUCCAACGUCGACUAACUACAUUUCGUAUGGAGCAGCUGAACAGUUGGUUUCUAUACAGUUCUUUUUACAAACAAAUAUGGAAAAGAAAUAAAAUAGUAAAUGGUUAAAUAUUUAUAUUGGUUUUUUUACGAGUUGAUUUAUAAAUUUGAUUACGUUUAAAAUAUAGUUAUGUUUAUUUGUAAACAAUUCUGCAUUAGGAAUUUUUAGCUAGAGCUUUUUUCCCAAUAAUUUAGUUUUGUUUUUUAUUUUAUUAAAAAUAUAAAAACAAACGAGUUUGUAGAUUGAUAUCAGCUCAUAUCAAAUUUUAACUGUAUUAAGAUAUAGAUGUGACUUUUUUUUUUGUAUGUAACAUUGUAACUAUGUUUUGACACACUCAGUGGAAGAUGCAGCACUUUAUCACGUGUAAUUUAGCUUACUUCUAGACACUAGGUAUCAGUAAAAACUUUUUAAAUGUUUAUGUCUAUAAUAUAAAUGUAUAAUUAUUUGCAGUUUGCUCCAGGUCUAAAAAUCUCAAACACCAAAAAUGUUGCAUUCGUCAAUAGAUAAAUAAUCACAUGGAGUGUGCAUGGGAUUAUUUAUCUAUUUAUAUUUAAACUUUUGUUAAUUAUGAAGUAUUUUAUAAUUAUAGCGUGAUAGAAUGUAAAAGAUUUUAGUUGAAAAAUUGAAAAAAAGUAAA